UCCCGGAUCUGACAUAAAAUUUUGCGGAUAAUCCCUCAAACUAUUAUUUGGUCCCAAUUACUCCGACAACUAUGUCAAUUGAUCCUAUUUAUUCCCUUAAUAAGAUUUAUCUUUGUUGUUUCUCUGCACACAAGUUGAGUUUUAAGUUAGAAUUUUGGAGAAUAUAUAGACAUCGUAACAUAUGUUGAAAAAGUAUGUAUAGAUCAUUCUAUCAUUAUUUUAAAAUGCUAGGACACGUAAUAAUAAAUUAAUCCUUAGGGUAAAUAAUUGCAUAAAAAAUAAUGAUGAAACAUCCAUAUUAUAUUUUUAAAACAUAACUUAUGGAGUCUACUACCAACUUAUAAAAUUUUAAUUUAAACUCCACGUAAGUACAAAGAACAAAAAGACAAAACCUGUUAAUGGAUAAACUGGAUCAAUUAAUAUAGUUGUAGGAAUAAAUUGAACAAACAUAAUAAUUUGAGAAGAGUAGUUUGAACUAUACUUAGGAAGAGUAGUUUGAACUUUUACCAUGAAAAACUUUGGCAAAGUGUAGCUAGAAAUUGUGGUCCUACUUGGUUGAGUGCUAAAAUAUUGGCAUGCUAAAAUAUGAGUAUGCCAAAACGUGGGCAUGCUAAAUUUUUUACCAAAAUCUUAGUAAGUUUAGAAUAUCAUUUGAUUACGUGGGCUGAAUUUUUGGCCUUCAACCAAACAAGUGCCAAAAUUUAUAAACUUGCACAUAUUUUUAAGCCAACCAAUUAGACGCAGUGUUACAACUUGAAACUUCGUUACCGCCAGCAAAAAGUUGGAGAGAUCGCGCGGGGCUUCUGGUGCGCACGUGAGUCUUCUGGUCACGAGGAUCCAGUCAUCCAGGCGCGCGACUGGGAACUUCUAGUCCACUCCACCCCCGCCACGGAUCCGACUCGACCGCGAGCAGGCUCGGAAUUCGCCUCGCGCUUGGGCUCGGCCUUUCCCUACAAUAAAAGGAGACGCGAGGGGCCUCCCUCUCUCGAACUCAUCAUCCACGGAACGCAACGCCUCGUGCUCGAUCGCCCCGGUUCCGCCGCGUGCUCGCGCCGCAAUCCCGAUCCCGAUCGACCCUCUAGCAGUACGUAGCAGCGACCACCGACGACGACACCCAUGGCGGCGGAGAGGCAGGAGGUCUCCGGCGGCGGCGCGGCGCCGAUGUGCGCCAACGGCUGCGGCUUUUUUGGGAGCGCCGCGACCAAGAACAUGUGCUCCAAGUGCUACAAGGAACACGUGAUGAAGACCGCCGACACCGCCGCCGCCACCGUCGCCGAGAAGAAGGCCGACGACGUGGCGCCAGCGCCGGCGCCGGCGGUGGAGGAGAGCGGCUCAUCCACGGAAACGACGGAGGAGCACGAGGCGGCUGCCGCUGCCGGCGCCAGCGCUGACUCCGCGGCGCCCGUCAUGUGCGCGAACGGGUGCAGCUUCUUCGGCUCCGCGGCGACAAAGAACCUGUGCUCCAGCUGCUACAGGGACCUCCUCAAGGCCGCCGACGCCGGCCCCGCCGUGGCGGAGAAGAUCGAGGCCGCGCCCGAACAUCCAGCGCCUGAGGCCUCCGCCGCGGCCUCCUCUAGCGCGGCGCCGGCUGCGGAGGCGCCGGCGGCGAAGCCGGCGCCGAGCAGGUGCACGUCGUGCAACAAGAAGGUCGGGCUGCUGGGGUUCGUCUGCCGCUGCGGCGGCACGUUCUGCUCGCUGCACCGCUACACCGACGAGCACGCCUGCGGCUACGACUUCAAGACGGCCGGCCGCGAGCAGAUCGCCAAGAAGAACCCCGUCGUCGUGGCGCCCAAGAUCAACAAGAUCUGAUGCAGACGGAGACGACGAAGAGUAGUCCGGGUCAGAUGGAGACGACUUGUAAGGCUGAGUAGCUAGUGAUGAUAGGUCGUUUUCUCUUAGCUUCCAUGUUCUAGAAGUUAAAAACCAUUCUUUGUAGGCAAUUAAGUUUAGUUCUCGAUUAUUUCUUCCAUUAAACAUCAUCGAUGUAAAGUCGU